AUGGUUCGCUCCAUUGAAGAGGCUGACAAGCCAGCUAAAAGGGGCAAGAAGAAUGAGAAUCAGAAGGAGGCACCUGUUUCCAAACCAACCAAGGCGCAAACCCCCAAAAAGCAAAAGUCUGAUAAGGCUUCUACAUCACAGGCUCAUCCUAAGAAGCAGAAGAAGCCCGCUAGGAGGCUUAUCUUACAAUAUUCAAGUGAUUCAGAUUCAGAAUAUGUUCCUCCUAAACCUAAGAGUGCUCCUACUUCAGAAUCUGAGAGCGAAAGCUCUAAUGAUGAGGCUUUGGGCCGAGGUGAUACUCCGCCUCGCUCCCCUACCCUAGAAAUUCCAGUUCGCUCUCACCCACCUUCACCUCUACCUAGUAACUUUGAUGAUGAUGAGCCUGUUACAAAGCGUCAUCUCAAGGCAGUGAAUGAAAAGCUUGAUCAACUGCUCUCAUCCUCUUCCUCCGGAGCUUACUCUGAAGCUGCUUUAAUGGCCGUGUUCUCAUCUGUUGUUACAGAAUACAGUGCCUCACUCUCUGCUGCAACUAAAGCCAUUGAAGCCUCUACUUCACAGUGUCAACAAGCCUCACUUGCUGUUGAUGCUUGUACUAAGAAGUGCAAGGAUGCGACCGCAAAAGCUGCUGCUAAGAAGAAUGCUCAAACCGUCAAUGCUUCGGUGGAGAAACUUCAACGGUCCCUUCAGUCUGAACGUUCCAACCUUGAAGCUGCACGCCAAGCAAUUAAAGCUGCCAACGAGUCUCUACAUGCUAAUGUUAAUGAUCGUCUAACUCAACUUGAGGCAGAAUUAGCUGUAGAGAAUCGUAUCAUGGAUGAGCUAGACAGGAGAAGCUCCCAGCUGAAAAUGCAAAAUUACAAGCUGUGUACUGCUAAUGCUGAGGUCAACGACCUAAAGUCAGAAAGGGAGGUCAUUCGGAGUUCUGCUACUGAUGUUCACUCCAUCCUCCUUCAUCUCCUUGAGGCUCACGAUCCUAUCAUCACCAUAACUAUCAGGCGUCAUCUGGCUGACAAACUCAGACCAGCAUUGGACAUCCUUAGUCGUAUCAAGGGUGUUCCAGUGACUGGUGUCCAGCCGAAACAAGGGGAGAGAAGGUAA